AGCAUUCAGCUCUUCAGCCUGUAUUCCUUCGUCACGCGCUCCUUUGUCCUGCAACAUGGCAGCCCCAAGUCUUGAGAAGCGUCUCUCCGCUGCGGCAGAUGACUCUAUCAAUCAGCUAGGAGGGAGCUUCAGAGGCAGCUCCAUGCGAGUGGAGAAGUCGAAGCCAGCACCAGGAGGAUGGUGCCAGGGGAUCUGUGGAGGCGUUCCACCAAAAGAGCGAGAGGUGGAUGUGAUUCUCAUUGGUGCAGGAGUUAUGAGUGCAACAGUUGGGCUCAUGUUGAAGGAGCUGGAGCCCAACUGGAAGAUGAUGAUGUUUGAGCGCUUAGGCGCUCCGGGCGAAGAGAGCUCCAAUGGCUUCAACAAUGCCGGCACCGGGCAUGCGGGCUUCAUGGAGCCAAAUUACACAAAGGAGGUGAAGAACUCUGAUGGCAGCUUGAAGACAGUCACCACAGACAAGGUUGAGCACGUCUGCGAGCAGUUCCUGUCAAGCCGGCAAUAUUGGGACUAUUUGACCAAGACGGGAAAGCUACCAAAACCAGACACAUGGAUCCAUCAGACCAACCACAUCGCUCUAGGUGUUGGGAAGGACCAAGUCGAGUUCAUCAAGAAGCGCUAUGAAGCCAUGAAGUCUCAUCCUCUCUUCUCCUCCAUGGAGAUUUGUUUGCCAGAGGAAAAGGAGAAGGCUAAGCAGUGGGCACCGCUGAUUGUGAAAGGCCGAGAUCCCACCGAGCCCAUUUGCAUGACCAAAGUCUCUCAUGGAACCGAUGUGGAUUAUGGUGCGUUGACGAAAGCAAAGAUCACAGCCUUUCAGGAAUUGGGAGGUGACCUGCGCCUUCACACAGAGGUUACAGAUCUGAAGAAGAACAAAGAUGGAAAGUGGGUCGUCACCACCAAAGUGAACGGUGCUGGUUCAGGCUGGGCCUACAACAAGGCCAAGUUCGUUUUCGUCGGUGCGGGAGGCUGGGCACUGCUGAUGCUCCAGAAGGCUGGAAUUCCAGAAGUGAACGGCUACAUGGCUUUGCCUGUGACGGGCGACUGGGCCAUUUGCCAGAACCCAGAGGUUGUCAGUCAACACAAAGUCAAGGUGUAUGCUCCUGGUGCUCCUGGAGCACCACCUAUGUCCAUGCCGCACUUGGACUACCGCACCAUCGGUGGCAAGGAAGUGCUGCUGUUUGGACCAUUUGGUUCCAUGACAAUGAAGUUCCUGAGGUAUGGAUCUGUCACAGAUGCCUUCAAGGCACUGAAGCCACACAACCUUCUUCCAACUGCUGGAGCGCUGUCGAGAAACCUCAGCUUGGCCGUCAUGCUCAUGAAGGACGUUUUCAAGAGUGCCAUGGGAAAGCUUCAGGACAUCAGGCACUACUACCCUGAGGCCGACCCUGAUGACUGGGUCUUCAUCCCAGCAGGCGUGCGCGCACAAAUCAUCAAGAAGGACCCCAAGACUGGCAAGGGCAUGCUCCAGUUCGGAACCGAGGUCGUGACCGGUGCCAACGGCACCAUUUGUGGUCUUCUGGGUGCGUCACCGGGAGCCUCCACCUGUGUCUCGAUUGCCCUCGACGUGAUCGAGAAGUGCUUUGGCAGUUCACCCGAGUUCAAAAAGUGGAGCCCCAAGCUCAAGGAGAUGAUUCCAAGCUGGUCUCCCGAUGUUGCUGCCGGUGAUAUGAAGAAGGUCACUCCAGACGUUGUCAACAACAUCUACAAGACCACCGGUGCCACUCUCAAAAUCACGCCAAAGUGAAGGGGAGAUCUACAAAACGUAUGCCUUGGAGGUGGUACCAGGCAAGGAAGUAAAAGCAAGUGAGAGUUUUGCUUUCUCAUUCCCUGUGGGACCGCCUUCAGCCAAAAAACUUUGGCAAGGUCUACGUGCUCAGCACGUGUAUUAUAUGCGUCACUGGCCUGAUUGGUGUGCUUCC